AUGAGUUGUGUUUUUGCCAUACUUUUCAGCCCAGCACUGCGUAUGGCCGUCAUGAGCUCGGAAGGUCACUCGAUUUAUUAUCGUACACAUUAUACUCCUGAGGGAAAUUUUUUCCCUGAGCCUCCGCCCCAUCUCGGAAUACACAUGUCUCCAAGUAAAAUGAGCAUAUAUGGCACUCACGUUGUGGCUUAUUGCUCCGUAGUCAACAGUUUAGAGGAAAUCUUAAAUAUCAUCGGGCACGGGUUAACAGAAGUAAAGCACUCCCCCGAAAAUAUAGUUAAAAAAAUAUGGCGAAGCCGAGAUUGA